ACCAGUCCGGGCUUCAAAUUCAUGAGUGCGCUUUUCUUCCCGGAGACCGUCCCGUCGAGAGAGAAGGCAAAACAGCCCCUGCGACGCUCAGAGGAGACUCCUUCAUGAAGAACAAUACACCAGAUGUCUUUUUCCACCAUUUCGGGUUGUGUUUCUUCGUGCUGUAGCGGAGCGGGACGCGCAGGACUGACGAACAUCACCGGGCUGGUGUUGUUGUUUUUACCGAGCAGCAGCCACCAUGGCUGAGGAAGAAAGUGAGUGGAUUUUGGAGAGCAUCGUUGGCUACCUGGGGAGUCCCGAGUGGGUCAUUCCUGUCUCGGACUUUAUGGAAAACAAAUGCACAGUGUUUGAUGACGAAGAUGAGAAUAAGUUAUCAUACACAGACAUCCACCUGCAGUAUAAGAAAUUGGUGGAGACGCUGCUGGGGAAUUACAUGCAGGAGGUUGGCAUCAACGAGCAGCAGUUUCUGGACGCAUGCACCUCUCCUUUUGCCAAGACCAAAACCCUGCAGUCGGUGUUCCAGCCAGUUCUUGCUACAGAUGACUUCCAGAUGUUUCGCUCACUGAUGGUCCAGAAGAACACGGAGCUGCAGCUUCAAGCCCUCAGUGUCAUCAAAGAAAUGAACGGGGCCCUCCCAGAGUGUCUGACCGACGGAGUGGACGUGAUGACGGAGCUGCAGGAUCAGGAGAUGAAAAUCCUGCAGGAGGUUCUCAAGAAGUCAAAAGAUGAGUAUGAUAAGGAAAUGUCCAGGAGGCUGCUUUUAGAGCACAAGGUUGGCAGCAGCUCUGAUAAGCGAUUGGCAGAAAGCAGCGAAGCCCAAAAUACCUCCUCUGCUGCCAGCCAACCGAGCGGCGCUGCCAAGGCCAAAGCGGAGGGGAGAGGUGACAGCAGCCAGAGUAACGGUCACCAUGCCCCCCCACUAGUGAACGGAAACACAGUCCCUGAGGCUAAUCUGCUCAACAGCAGACCUGUCACAACAGAUGAGAGACAGACGUCAGCUCGAGGAGGUGGAGAGAAGAAAAGUGCAGCCAAGAGCAGCUCCACUUCUAAACCCUCCCCAGAUUGCGGCAGUAACGGUGUGGAGUCCAGAGUCCUUCCUGCAGUGAGACCUCCAGUGAAGUCUGGUGACCCCCCCCUCAGUGCAGGGUCCAGGGAGCAGAGCAGCAGCCUGACCCCCCCCGAGGGCUGGCUGGAGGAGGCUCACAGGGAGGCCGGCUUCUCCAAGCCAUACACCGAGUUGUCAGCGUCUCAGCAGGAGCAGCUCCAGCAGAGGGCAGCAUAUCUGCGACAGCAGAGAGACAAGCUGCACGCUCUGAAAAAAGAACAGCAGAAACCCAAACAGACCAUCGUACCAGAGGAGGCUCCCGCUGUCGUUACCCGGAGGCAGUGGGGCAGUCCCAGAGUAACGGGGUCUGUACCCCCCUACCUCCUCCUGCUCCAGCACAGCACUCUGCUCACUCCUCCAAACAGAAGGAGAUAUCUGCUGAGGAGAAGAAGAAACUCCAGAAGAGAAAACAUCUGGCUGACAAACUGAAAGAGGAAGUCAUCAAGAAAUAACUUCCCCUACAACUGCAAUAUUCUCAUGUAUAGCCUAUCUGAUCCAAUCCUUUCUAAACAAGCUUCCUCUACUCUGCCUCCUUCAGCCGCAUUAUUCACCUUGCAUAACACAGAUCAGGUUUUUACCCAAAGAUACCAAAAUAAUCAGAUCUUCCUUUUCAAAAUUGUUCCAUUGCUGUCUCCAGACAUGUUUUUAUAUUGUGUAUGUGUCAGUCACUAAUAGGAGCGCGCACACACACGCGCACACACACGGCUUGUGUCCAAAGCGCUGCUACUUUUGCCACUAGGUGAACUAUUUUAAUUGUAAAGCAUUUUAGCAUGUCGGUUUCCUAAAUGCAAGAAUUAUGGAUUUUUUCCAUGCACUCAUAUAACCCACAGCUCAAAAUCUAACAAUGCAGUAGGGCUGCUCAAUUAAUCGCAAUUACGAUUUUGGUUUGCAACGAUUAUGACAACAUAAUCGAAAUAAAACGAUUUUUAAAAAAAAUAAAAAUUCUUAAAGUUCAGGGCAAUCAACUGUUAAAAACAUACUGUUCAGUUUUUUUUUUCAAUAAAUGGGUUAGGGUUAACCCUUAGGUAAAUGGAUAAUAGUUUUUAAUAAUCGUGAUAUCAAUGAUUGACCCAAAUAAUCGAAGUUAUUAUUUUUGCCAUAAUCGAGCAGCCCUACAAUGCAGUACUUCUCUUGAUAGUGUAAAUGUUUUUUUAUUUAACGCUACACUGGUAGGUAAUGCAAAAUCAAGAUUCAUAACUAAUUUAUCUAGUACCAUUGAGUGAAAUAGUGGGUGAUUAUGGACACAUUCCUCAGUUGUUUCUCUAGUCAAGAAGUUCUUGAGAAAAGUUGAAACUCAACAUGAGGCACAGCGGGCCUGGAGCUGUAUCUCAGAAUUGAUGUGAAGGGGAAAUAAGACAUUAGCCAGCCAAUGUGCAGUCUUGUCGUUAGCAGCUACAUCAGAGCUGAAAACACUGUGGAAGUUGUCAAGAUGAACACAGUCGUGUGAUCAUGAAGGGGCCAAGAGUGUGUCGCUUCCUAUGAGGAAUUCAGUAUUUCAUGUACACCGUUUAAUAAAUCACAUUUUAUAGAAACAA